AGAACUGUUUCGGUUUCUUUUGCAGAUUUGGUUUAUAAUAAUCCUAAUAAAUAACCGGAACAUCCAAGAGUUUUCCAAGGACACGAAGAACUAAACCUUCGGUCUAUAAUUGACAUCCCAGGAAGUGAAACGUUUGUUGGGCUCCAUAGCACUGCCUUGGAACACAGGUGAUGGCUGAGCACAGCAGCAGCCCUGAUUGGAGGGUCCAGGCUGGCUCCACCCUCCCUCAGUGACAGGAUGACUCUGCCAGAGAGCACUACCAUUCUCAUUCAUCUGAGCUUCCCCAUGGAAUGGAAUCAGUCUGACUCCAGACCAGAGACACCUGGCAAGGAGAAGAACUGGCCUGCCCUGCUCAUCUUAGUGGUCAUCUUCUUCACUGUGGCGGGCAACAUCCUGCUCAUCCUAGCUGUGUCUCUGGAGAGGAAGCUGCAGAAUGCCACCAGCUUCUUCCUGCGCUCCCUGGCUGUGGCAGACAUGCUCGUGGGCUUUCUCGUCAUGCCGGUCUCACUGAUUAACAUUCUCUAUGGUAGGUGGUAGGUUGAGCUCUUUUAGAAUUGCAAAGCAGUGUUUGUUUGCCCUCUGGAUAAUGAUCUCUUGAAAGCAGCUAGGGAUAAGAGGCUUUACUAUGAGGCAGGGGCGUCAAUUGGGUAUGGCAGGGUAUGCCCUAGCUCAACACCAUCCAUUUUAAAAUAGGCUACUGAAAUCAUUCCAAUCCUGAUUAAAAGGCAAAUGCAGUUUAGCGGUAAUCGGGCUGACUUUAGGACCAUGCGGACGCCUGGGAGCGGGAGGCAAGUGUUUGUAUGGCUGGCUGGCUUUAUGGAGCACGCCACGCAUCAACGCAACUUUUUCUCAAAACAGUGCAGAGGUAAAGAUGGCUGUAGUAGAUAGCUUUGGCUAGAUAACUGCUGUUUGACUUGACAGGAAACUAAACUAGAGUUUUAUUCCCGGGCUGAGCUAGUGUGUAGCAGCACAUUCAUGUGUUUGUGGAAUGUUAAAUAUUGACUGAGGUGAAUGAAGCUACAGCAACAAGGUGAUAAUGGCUGGAGUCCAUUUUGCUUGUUUUGCUGUACUCCAAAUUGCAAUUUUUAAAUUGUGUAGAAAUGCAGUAAGUGAGCUUCAAUUUUAUAAAAAAUUCCCAUUCAGGGGACCGACCCUCCUUAGCUUCAGAGGCAAACCCGCAGUCCGAUGCAGGGUGCAAUAGAAAAAAGGCAGCAAAGGCUAGGAUAACAUAACCAAAUAGUGAAAAUUGCAGGAAAGAGGGAGGCGUUUUACGUUAUCAAAAAUUGCAUCCAUUUACAAUGAAUUUUCUCUUGCAUUUAAACAUUAUUUCCUUGCAACAUUUUGUUUUGCUAUCAAUACUUUGGGGUUUAUGUUUUUUGCUUUCAAUAUGAUUCUUUUUGUUUUCAAUACUAAGAAUUUUAUUCUCGAUUUCGAAGUUUUACUUGAUAUUAAUGGCACAAAAUUAACAAUUAAGAACGAAAAGUGUUCCUCCCACCACAGUUUCUGUAAAAAGCUGAGGGAUGAGGCUGGAGAAAUGCAACCACUCUCAAAUCCAUAGACUACGCUAUGGAUGCAAGGACUGACCAUCUAUGUUCUCCCAAUUAUAGCAUUAACCAUGUUUUUAGGCUAUACCGUGUUUGUUUACAUUGACUUUCUUGACAAAUAUUGGAGUAAAUGUGGAGUUUUCUUACAUGUGAAACUGCAAAUUAGAUUGGAUGUGGAAUUGCAAGUUGUGAAAAACAAUGAAAAUAGAAAAUUUCACAAUGUGGAGAUGUGGAAUUGCAAAUUAAAUAUUUACAUGCGAUUGUAGUUUUUUUUACUUGUGAAAAAGCAAAUGUGAUUUUCACAUGUGACUGUUUUUCACAUGUGAAAAUGCAAUUCCGCAUGUGAAAGUGAGAUUUUCACAUGUGAAUGUUUUUUACAUGUGAAAGUUUUUAACAUAGUAACCGCAAAUGUCAUAUAUGAAACUGCAAUAAAUUUAAGCUCAACAUGUGAAAACAGUUAUUUCACAUGUGAAAAUGCGAUUUCAAGUAUUAAAAUGCGAUUUUUACAUGUGAAAAUGCAAAUUUGACAUGUGUUUUUUUGUAAGGGAACCCCUGACACACCAAUGUGAGAUUAUCCCCUUCCCAGUUCCCAUACAAUUUCCUUAUUUCAGUUAGCCCUAUUACUCUGAGCAGCUUUAAAUAAUGUGUUUAUUUUAGAUCAAAUGGGUUUGUGCAACUGGGUAACAGCAAGAGAAACUCUUCCCUCUUACUUUCAUGCCAUGAAGGCCUAAAGGCUUUGAUCAGGUAUUUUUCUAGUAACAUCAUAGCAGUCUAUUUGAUGAUAUACUGUAUGAGACUGAAAAAUUACUUUGGAUUUGUUUGCAUGGUCACAAAGUAGGUGUUCUGAUUUGAUAAUGAAAUAUCAGUAAUUCUUGGUGAACUGUGCCCGUCCAUUCUUCAGACUACGUGUGGCCCUUCCCCAGACCCCUUUGUCCCAUCUGGAUCUACCUAGAUGUGCUGUUCUCCACAGCAUCCAUCAUGCACCUGUGUGCCAUUUCACUGGACCGCUAUGUGGGCAUCUGUAACCCCAUCCAACACAGCCGCUCCAACUCCCUCUCCAAGGCCAAGGCUAAGAUCGCCCUCGUCUGGACCAUCUCUAUAGGUGAGUUCCUGCUAACAUAGUUACUGUAAAUAUAAAAAAAAUAAAAAAACUGAUCUGUGUGUGCGUAUGUCUAGAGAGAUAGUGAGUUACUUUGAAACAUUAUUUCUGUUUUGGCCUUUGAAGAAAGAACAUUAGUGCUUUUUUCUACUGUCUGUCAAGAAGGAAUACUUUUCUCUCCCAUCUCCUGGGGCUCUUAAUGAGAGCCUUAUGGCAUCUUCACCCUGAGAGAUGCUCUAUACGGGGACGACAGGACAGGCUAUUAUGGUCUUAUGGCUCAAGGCUUUUUGGUUCUGCAGAAAUCUGAUAGCCAGUCAACCUGUUAGCUUGUCGACUUUAUCUAAAAACCUCACAUUCCGCCUUUUCUUCCUUGAAGCCUUUGUGGUCAAUUAAUCCCCCUCCUUAAUCUAUAAAUGAUGUAAAGAUAAUUGCUGUGGUUCUGGUCAAGGACUGAUUCGAGUUAUGUGCCACUAGGAUCUGAAUCAGGCUCUGUCCGCCGGCCGCGACCGGAGACUCAGGGCGGCGCACAUGCGGGUAGGGGAGGAAUGCCGGCAGGGAGUUAGCUCAAUGAUGAGAUGGGUUUGCAAGCCAGGGUGUGGGUUUGAUUCCAGGGGGGCAGUGAAAAAAAAAAGAUAUGUAUUCACAAUGUAGUCGCUCUGGAUAAGAGGUCUGCUAAUGACUAAAUGUAAUGAAAUGUUAAAUUGUAUUCUGUCCGUCCCGUCCGUCUCUCUCUCUGACAGUGAUCUCCAUGCCCAUCCCUGUGAUUGGCCUGUAUGAUGAGGGGAAGGUGUUUGUCAAUGGGACCUGUGUACUGAACGAGCACAGCUUCGUCAUGGUCGCCGGGCCCCCCUCCCCUUUCGUAGCCUCUUCGUCCCUCUGCGUAUCAUGGUGAUCAGCUUACGGUUGACUGUGCGGGUGCUGCAGUGCCAAGCCUCUGAUUACCUGCAUGGAGGCGAGGUUUCGAUCAACCGGCCUGCCUUACUCAGGAUCACCAUAAGGCCCCCCGCAGGGGACAGCCUUAGCCUCCUCAAACAGGACCCUAGUCAUGAGGCCUUGCCAGCUAUUGCUGCCUCCAAUAUUUCCGUCUCUCAAGCCUCCUUGCAACCCAUCUCUCCAGCAGGGAGGCAGGAGCCAGGGGGACCUGGCGGGAGACCUGGCAUGGCUCAAUCAAUCAAAAAUGAGAGGAGAGCUUCCAUGGUCCUGGGUGUGGUGUUUUUCCUCUUCCUGAUUAUGUGGUGUCCAUUCUUCAUCACCAACGUGCUGAGUGUGUUGUGUGAGGACUCGAUAAUAAGCCUGUGCAAUAAGCCUGUGUUGGCAGUGCUCCUAAAGGUCUUUGUUUGGGUGGGAUAUGUCUCCUCUGGUGUCAACCCAUUGGUCUACACUCUAUUUAACAGGACCUACAGACAGGCCUUCCACCGCUACCUACAAUGUAUCUACCACAGCCCACCAGCCAAGAGCACCCCAGCCAACCCUGUCUUUCCUGUUUAUACCGUCACCCCUAGACUCUGCAGGAAAGAUGCCAACGACUGUAACUGUAACAGCCACAAUGGGAAUAUUAAAGGCAGAAUGAGGUUGGAGAGAGAGGAAAACAGAUCUGGGAUGCUAGAGAAGUUGGCCAGUGUCUCUCCCACGCCCACUGAGCAUGUCAGCUGUGUCUGAACUAGCUAGUUGGCCUCCUGUCUUUCCCCUCCUGGCUCUGUCUCUACAUACAAAACAUUGUGGUGACAAAGCCGUUGCUUCAUGUAACUGCUUGGAUUUUCCACCUCCACUCCCUAUUCAAACACAGGAGAUGUACUCAAUGUCUCCCUGCCUGAACCUGUAAAUAUGAGAUAUGAAAUAGUGUACAAUGCUGUACAAUAUGACUAAAGACAUUGAUACUGUAUGUGUCAAACUUUGACAUUUGCAUUACAUUUAGUGAGUAAUAAGUGCAUACUCAGUGUGGUAAUUGUAAUGAAAUGUGCAUUAACUGCACUACUGUUUGCAUCUCUCAGAACAGGGCUGUGAGAGGUCACAGAUGGCUUUACAGGAAAACUACCUGAUGUAUCUCUCUAAUCAUAGAGCCACAGUGCCACCAUGUGGGAAUAUACAGGACAACACAUAAACAUUUAAUUUCUUACUAGAAGGUGUUCUUUUUCUGCCUGUCUGAGAGAUUCAAGUGACAGAUAUUAAUAUAGCACUUGAAGGGGAAACAGACAAGGAGAUGUUUCACUCCUCAUUCCCAGAGGACUGUUACUAUUUUGGUUAAUAUUUCUGACAGAUUAAUAUUUUUUCGCAGUUCUAACAUGUAAUAUAAAUAAUGAAGUUACAACAUUUUCUUAGAUUACCCAUUUGAUUUUCUUAUUUUGUGGUGAUGUUCAUAUCAUGAUGCACCAACAGAUGAUUGUCCGGUACUGACACAGUGUAAAUGAUCAUGCACAUACUAUUAUUGUAGUGGAUUUUAGAUGUACAAUAUUUUAAUAAAUAUUGUCUUCCAAGUUCCAUCAUUAGUCUUGGGUAUAUGGUUGGUUUGCCCUUUACUAUAAACUAUAUUAUGCAUGCAGCAACAAAGACCUAAAACAUUUCAAAGGUCACCUUAUUAGCAUUAGAUAUCAAGAAUAAACCAUGUUGAAACACCGCUGACCUUUCAUCAGAAUACUUUUGUUUAAAGAUUGAAUGGUAAAAAUGUGCAUUCAGCCUCUUAGAUACAGUAUAUUACAAUACCAGGUAUGAUCCUAUUGCCCAUAUAAAGAACUGUAUAUGUAUUACUGUAAGAGCUAUUGUUGAUAUACAUCAAUAUUUAUGACUUGUUACCCUUUGAAUUGUCAUUAGUGGGUGAGAUGUAGAGUGAAUGCAAGAGAAAGUCUUUGAAUGUUCAUCCAAGCUUCUGGUUAAUUCUGCACCAAGUUAUGAAUGGAGAGGCUUCUUUCCACUUUAAUAAGCUUGAAUCGUGUGACACACACACACACACACACACACACACACACACACACACUUCUCACCCCCGACAAUAAGAUCCCCUUGUAUUCCCACAGAUUCCACAGCAUAGCACACUAGUACUGCCCCCGACCCUAAUGCAUGGAACAUGCGAUUAUCACAUAGCCUGGCCUAUGCAUAUUGGAUGAAGCCAUAUUGUCACAGCUACAGUAUGUCAUUAUAUUAUGCGUCUGCUGUUUGUUGUUUGACAGAGAACGCAUGUAUGUCAUUUUUUGUGUCUUAAAUUGGUUUUUCGGUUCUGUGGGGUCUGGGCAUCUUUGAAACACAGGGUGGUGGUCUGUGUGAGCCCAUAUACGCAUGCGCCGUGGUUUCGCUGCUGCAGAGCGUUCGCGUUCGCGGAGGAAAGCCGACGCUGCCAAGGAAACACACAUGCAGACAUAAGGGAAUCCAGAUUUCAGCGUCGUCGUCCAUUCCCUUGACUUUGAUAAUGCAUCGGUAA